UCAACCAUGCAAAAUUUGCAUUCAUCUUUCCAAGCUGUCAGUUCUUCCAUAAUUGGACUGAACAGUUCUGUCCAGACAACUGUCCAAGGAAUGGAUACAACAGUUCAAGGAAUGGGAAAUUCCAUCCAAGGAAUAGAAACAUCAGUCCAGCAAACAAAUGAACUUCUUCAGGAACUCCUACAGAAAGGUUUGACAUGUGAAUGUGGCAGACAAAUCAUCAAUCCUCUCUUUAAUGAUCAACGAAGAAAACACAGAGAGCAGUAUCAACUAGGACAAAAUAUCUUCAACCUUCAUCAACAGCUCAAUUUUCAGUCACUUUUCGAGAUUGACAAGAUAAGAUGGUUAACAGAUGUAAAGAUGAUGGAUGAUGGUAGACUGGUGCUUUGUUUUCCCUACGAGUACAUAAUACUGAUCUGUAACACAGAUGGAUCACAGACAAACAGUAUAUCUGUACAGGGAGAACCAUGGUUUGUAACAGCAGUCAUCAACUCUACAGUAGCUGUUCUAGUAAAGAGCAUUAUACAAUGUAUAGAGAUAUACGACGUAACCGAUAAACAUAAACUUAAAUCCAUAUCAUUACCUAUAAUGUUGUGUGCUUGUGGCAUAACAAUGAUAAACAACAAGUUAGUAGUAGGUGGUUUAGGUAGACUACUGAUUGUUGAUCAUCAGACAGGAGAGACAAUACAGACAAUAGAAACAGGCUGCAAACCAGACAGGUUACAUACUUCUGGUGACAGAAUAUUCUUCACAGAUGGCUCCAUAUGGAACAAAAAAAGGCCACUUAACUGGUACAAUUAUAUUGAUAACAAAAUAUAUACCAAGAAAUUAUCAUCAUAUCCAACCUCUAUAACCUCUCUACAAGAUGGUAGUUUGUAUGUGCGCUGUGAUGAUGGUUUAAUACAUCAUGUAUCAAAUGAUCUCAAACAUAUGAAAAAAGUCAAACCAAACAUAAAGGUGCUAAAGGGCGAUUCUAUUGUCAGCUACAACACAACACAAAAUAAGAUGGUUACACUUGAUGGAAAUAUUCUGAGCAUCUUUCAGGAAAAAAAGUAAAACCGACGUCACAUCAUAAUAUACCUAUUAUUGUGAGACAUGAAUUUCUUUUAUAUGCUCACAUAUUUUGUACAAUAUAUUCUGUAAAGCAAUAUAAACAGUUAUUAAGAUAAAUGAAAAUACCACUCGAUUGAUUUCUUUUGUACGAAGUGCUGGUAAACAGUAGAAUCUAGGGAUGAGUAAGCAAUGACAAUGAAAUCUAGAUACACAUGCGGGUAUAUAUUCUACAAAGGUAAAAUCUAUGGUUGAAUAAGUAAAGGCAAUUAAAUCUAGACACUCUUACCUAUUCUAAAUUGAAUGUUACAUGCUCAAUAGGAAGGAACAAGUGAUAGUACUGUACUGAAGUUAUCCAAAUAAAUUACAGUUUAUAGAAAACAUUCGUCUUACCUUUUGAGCUUUGACUGAUUCUACAUUUCCUAUUUGUCCUGCUUUUACACUAAAAAAAAAAAAACAUGAUAUAAGAUGAUUUUUUUAAUGUUUUGUUACUGUUUCGAUAGUUAGCAUAGACAAUAAAUGUAAAUCCUCUUUUGGCAAUUUAAAAAAAAAUUCUAUCCGUAUAAGUUUCAUUCCAAUGAAGCAAGGGAAACUGAACUAAUCAAUUGGAAACAUUUGCUUCAGACACAUGGACGGAUGGAUAAAGAUUAGUAAAUGUUCAGAAAAGGUUUCAGGAAGCACAUUAAUGUCUUUUAGUAUGAAAUAUUAAAUAGCUAUAAAUAUAUGACAUUUUUUUGUAAUGCAGUAAGUAGGGUUUGGGUCUAAAAUAAAUUUCUAAAAAUUGAUUGUGAACAAUUUUACAGUACAA